AGUCUCUGUUCACCCAGAAAUCCAUUUGUUCCCUCCAGACCCCCACUGGAUUCAGAGCUCUGAUUGGUUGGACCUUCAGUGAAGUCACAUUUAUCCCUGAGGAAGACAGAGACAUCAUCGAGAUAAGAGAUGUAUCUGACAGCGAGAUAGAGACUAUACUCAAGGAAAAGUUUAAUAUCGUUUUGCUUAAAAAACUGACACCAAUAAACAACAAAGCUGCAUAUAAACUGUAGGACAUUUAUAACACAUAUAUCUAAAUACCUCGAUCAGGGCAUCCCAAGCUUUUUUGGUGACCCCAAAUGGGCAUUAUGAUUUUUCUACCACCCCAAGCCUUGAUUGCUGUACAUAUUUUUAAUCAUUUAUAUACAUUUAUAUACUUAUGUUACUUGGCACAACUUUGUUUGAAAGAGCGCUUCGAGAUAGUACCUUGCCUGUCAGUUUCUGUGUUUAAGUGAUUAGUGCAAACUGAAUAUAAAGUUCAGAUGAGGUUCAGUGAGUGCCAGAAUGUAAUGAGUCCAGGAAAGAAUUCUGGUUAAAGAGGAAUAUGGUGUCAGGAAGAAAUUGCAGGCAGUGAUUACGCUUUCAAAAAUAGCUCUGUAAAAGUGUAUAAGGAUUAUGUAAGAAAACUGUACUGUUAUUAUGUAUGAUGUAAAAAUGUUCAUGUAAGCGUGGCUUGUUUGAUCGUGACUCCCAGGAACAUUACAAAAUUGUAACCUACAAAAUCCAUCUUCAUAGUUAGAGUGAUAUUCAUAAUCUUACUUUGCACAAACAAAAAAAAAAUCAGUAAAUGAAUGAAUAAAACAAAACAGGACAUUAUGAGUUUCUCUUGUGACCGCUUUUGUAAAUCAAGUCACCCCAUGUGAGUCAUAUGCCAGAGUCAUGUCUCCCUGCAGUUUCCCACUGAAGCUAAGCAUGGAUGGGGGAUCUCGUAGAGGAAACUAAGGUUGCUACUGGAAGUGGUAUUAGUGAGGCCAGCAGGGGGCACUCACCGUGGGGUCCCAGUACAGUGAAGGGGACACUACAGCACUGUUAUUUGAAUGAGACCUUAAUCUGAGGUCCUGACUCUCUCUGGUCAUUAAAAAUCAGAGGACGCUUAUAGUAAAAGAGUAAGGGUACAGUCCUGGCGAAAAUACCCCAUUGAUCCUUCUCUAUCAUGUUCCUGUUUUACAUGUUAUAGAACGUAGAUCGAUUAAUGUCACACGUCAUUACACCCCCCCACGCCACGCCGUCUGACGUUCCCUCUAGAAUUUCACGUAUCGACAUACAGUUCGUCUUUGUUAUGGGACCGUAUACAGUUUUGGGUGUUUCAUUUUUAAUUUUUUUACGUAAGCUUCAAGUGCAGUUAAUUAUUAGUCGUGCUAUACGUGCAAAUAGACGACUGCUUGAAGCCGUGGGCUGCGUCCCAAACCGCGUACUUACCGUCUAUAUAGUAACCGAAAUACAUGUGUUUCACUUCCUACUAUAUAGCAGGUAAGCACGCGGUUUCAGACGCAGCCGUGCUCUCUCGUUUGCCGUCAAACGGUCGAGCGCUGCCGUGUGUGUACGUGUCCUGUCACAGAAUGCGGUGAAAACUCCCACACGACGUUAAUAGCGUGAUUAAGGUGCGUACGUGUCCGUAACGCACUUCGAUAACGCGACUAAAACAGGAAUACUCCACGCGUCUUAAUUCCAUUUGUGUUUACUUCGAGUGUGACUUUAAUCGGAUUAAGGUACUAAAAAAUUGCAGUUUACAUGCUAGUUUCUUAAUCAGAGUAUCGUCUUAAUCGGGUUAAUACUGGAAUAUCGUUGUCCGUGUAAACGUACCGAACGAGUCCUUGAAACGUGGCUGGUUCUCAACACUUUGAUUGAAUACUAUAUACAUUUAUCAAUAGUAAGUUUAUCAGUAGUAAAACCUUUUAAAUUUGCCACUGAAAGAAGACUGAACGCUUCAUUUCAACACUCUGAGUGCAAGAUUCAGGGCACUGUAUUAAGACAGACUAGACAAACACUCUAAAUACUGUAGAUUAAAACAACUGCCCACGUGCUUUAUACAGAUUAUUAGAAAUAACAUUAUCUGUUAUAUAACAGUCAUGAUGUAGGUAGUUUAUAAAGUUUUAUCAUAACUGUAUCUAAACAUUAGCUUUAAUCUAUACAUUAGCUGCAAGGGUUAACUCUGUCUCUUUUUUUUUUUUUUUACAAAGUCUUAUCACAACUGUAUCUAAACAUUAACUGCAAUCCAGUGGUCCGAGGGUUAACCUCGUGUGUUCACGUUCUUUCGUCCGUUUUCAGACGGAUUCGCCAGCUUGAACAUUCUCCUUGACAAUAGUAGACAGUGUGUCAACACUUUGUAGUGAAGGUAUGGUUUAAAUGCUGGAUUUGUUAUUUGGAUGGGUUUCACAUGCCGUUUUACUUGAGUGAGUGAUCGAGUGGAAGCGAAAGCCGUCUGUUCACUUGCGCGUUCUGAUAGAGCAGUGGUUCUCAAACAUUUAGCAGCUGUAGCUGUGACUUUAACUGUAAAAUAAAUUCUACGGACAUACUCCAACUAUUCAGAUAUUAGGCAGUUUAUUUAAAUUUGAACAGUAAUAUUUUGGCUAUUUACUGCAGCUACGAAGCUUUUUAUUCAUGACAUUUCAGACAGAACACAUUUGGUCCAAUUUGACAUUAUUUAGAGGGAACUUGUUUUUGAGAUAUUAAGUUUUGCAUUAAACUCAUUCGAUUUAAAUGACCAAUCAAACAGACUAUCAAUUUUCAACCAAGCUAGAUUUUUCAGAAUGGUAACCCUUAAUUGUGGCUGUGUACAAGUAUAUUUUGAGGAAGUUGUUUGUUCUUUCGUCCUUUACAGGACCGUAAUGGAUCUUCAGGAAUACUUCAGAAGGAUCGGGUUCGGCGGGACGUACGAGAAACCCGAUCUGGCCACGCUCCGCACCGUCCACGAGCUGCACGUGAUGAGCGUUCCCUUCGAGAACCUCAGCAUCCACUGUGGAGAGAGGAACACCAUGGACCUGCAGAUCAUUUAUGAGAAGAUUGUGAGAAACCGUCGUGGAGGAUGGUGCUGUGAAAACAACCUGCUCUUCUCCUGGGUGCUGAGAGAGAUGGGCUACAAAUACACCACGCUGGGCUCUAGAGUCUUCAAAACGUUCAAAAAUGACUUCGGCCCCAUGGAUUCACACCUCAUUAACAUGGUGGAGAUCGAAGGCAAGCCGUAUAUCGCAGACGUGAGUUUUGGAGUGUCGUACCAAAUCUGGUACCCGUUAGAAAUGAUCGCAGGGAAAGAUCAAGAGCAGCCGGCAGGGAUUUUCCGCCUGUUGAACGACAGUGAGAAGUGGAUGCUGGAGAAGACUGGAAGGAAGCCGCUGGUCCAGAAUGAAGCCUUCGCCAAUUCCAGCCUCAUUGACAAGCGCCUGACGACGAUGCUGUACUCUUUUGUGUUAACACCGCGUGAGAUUGACCAUUUUCUGAACACAAGCGAGUACCUGCAGACCAGCCCCGAGUCUCUGUUCACCCAGAAAUCCAUUUGUUCCCUCCAGACCCCCACUGGAUUCAGAGCUCUGAUUGGUUGGACCUUCAGUGAAGUCACAUUCAACCCUGAGGAAGAUACAGACAUGUAUGAGAUGAGAGAUCUAGCUGACAGCGAGAUAGAGACUAUACUCAAGGAAAAGUUUAAUAUCGUUUUAAUUAAUAAACUGACACCAAUAAAUAACAAAGCUGCAAAUAAUCUGUAGAACAUGGUGUGUACACAAUGUGCAGAUUUCUGUAUAAGGCCCUAGAUCAUAUUCUCAGUCUUUUUGGGCAAACAAACCCAAUUUUAAUAUAGCUUUACACAGAUUAUAAUCUGAAAAGUGGGCCGUCGUUUGCACCACAACUCUGCCACACAUGAUUUCGCUUGUAAAUCCAUAUUCAGUCAUCGUUUCAGCAUAUUUAUGUUAGUUUUCUUGACUUCUUUUGCUCCAGUGAGUCGGAGUAACUAGGGACAACUUUAAUUUUCCCUCUGAGGGAAUCUAUAAAGGUUCCAGACAGAACCUUACAACAAAGAGUUUUCCUAUUAAAUGUGUUUUGGGUAUUUUGUGGAAGCUAAGAACCCUUAAUUAUCCAAUUAAACCUUGAAGAAACCUUUG